AUGGAGGGUAUUUGGUUUCGUUUGGGCUUUCUCAAUGGGGCGGCUGUUUCUUCUGGCGCGUCCGGCAGACUAGCUCUUUUUUGGAGACGCAGUUGGGAUAUACAUGUGAUUGAAAGUGAUUUCAACAAAAUUCUAGUUCGUUUCGGUGGUAAUGGGAACACCGGGGAUUGGGUGGGUUGUUUCACCUAUGCCCCACCGAGAAGAGACGCUAGAAUGGUUUUUUGGAGGGAUUUAUGUGCAACUAUGGGAAGUUUUACUGACCCUUGGAUUGUUAUGGGUGAUCUGAAUCCUGUGUUGUCCCCGGAUGACAAGAGUGGGGGUCGUCCGGUUUCCCGGUCGGAGGGCCAAGGGCUGAGAGAGUUUAUGUUUAACUUGGGAGCCGUUGAUUUGGAGAGUGGGAGUGUCUUGUUUACUUGGACUAAUGGCAAAGAUUUGGAUAGGCUGAUCCGGGAACGACUUGAUCGGGUUGUGGUUUCCUCAAGUUGGUUGUUUCUUUUCAAGAAAGUUGGGGUGAGGAACCUGCCUAUCUGCUUUUCGGAUCAUGGAGCUAUUACUUUGGAUACUCAUAUGGAAAGGGAGAAUGUUGUGACGCCUUUUAGAUAUUUGGACGCUUGGAGUCGAGAUCCGGAUCGUAGAAGGGUGAUUGAGGAGGCUUGGAGGGAAGCUAUUGGCGGCUUUCAUAGCUUUAUUCCCUGUCAAAAAUUGUCUUUCACUGCUAAAGCCUUGAAAGUGUGGAAUGCCAAUGUGUUUGGACAUUGCCAAACCAAAAUCAAAGCUCUUGAAAAACUGCUUUGUGAGGUUCAAAAGCGGCCUCCUUCUAAUGAGAAUGUGGAAUUGGAAGGGACCAUUAUGUUGGAAUUGGAGGAAGCAAAAAAAUUUCAAGAAAUUUUCACCUUUACAAAUCCUCGGAUUGAUGAUGACUUGGGGGACCUUAUUCCUCGGUCCAUUUUGGAUGAGGAGAACAGUUUGUUAUGUGUUAUUCCUUUGGAGGAUGAAGUCAAAAAAGUGGUGUGGUCGAUGCCUCCGCUUAAGUCUCCGGGUCCCGAUGGUUUUCCAAUAAAAUUCUUUAAACUUUAUUGGGACAUUGUGGGAAGCCAAGUGGUGGAGUUUGUGAAAGAAUUCUUUCAUUCGGGGAAAUUCUGCAAAAUGGUAAAUAAGAGUUUCAUUGUUCUUAUCCCGAAGAAGGCUCAUGCUUGCCGUUUUGAUGAUUUUCGCCCGAUUAGCUUAUGUAAUUCCAUCAACAAAAUUGAUUCCAAGAUUUUGGCGAAUAGGCUCUCGUCUCUCUUGGAUAAGCUUGUGUCCCCGUUUCAAGCGGCUUUUGUUAAGGGUCGUAAUAUUGCAGAAAACUCUAUUAUUGCUAACGAAAUUUUCCAUGACAUGACGCGUCAGAGGGGAAGGGAAGCCUUUGUUGGAAUUAAAUGUGAUAUGUCUAAAGCCUAUGAUAGGCUCGAAUGGAAUUUCCUUCUUAAGGUACUUAAAGCUUUUGGUUUCAAUAACCACUUCUGUGAUAUGAUCAUGUUUGGUGUUACUUCUGUUAGCUUUCAGGUCCUUAUUAAUGGGGAUAUCACCAAAAAAUUUGUUCCUAAUCGUGGUUUGAGACAGGGGGACCUGCUAUCUCCUUUAUUGUUCAUUUUGUGUGCGGAGGUUCUCUCUAAACUCUUAUUGGCAAAAGAAGAGGAAGGUCUUAUCUGUGGUUAUUCGAUUGGUAGAGAGGGUUUCUCGAUUACACACUUGAUGUAUGCGGAUGAUCUUCUUAUCUUCGCUAAAGCUGAGAAUGGUAAUGUGACUGCAAUUUUGGAUGCUCUGGAUAAAUAUUGUUAUUGGUCUGGGCAGCAGAUUAAUGUAAGGAAAUCCAAGGUUUUCUUCUCCAAAAACUGCCCCCUUCGGUGUCGAGAUUCAAUUAAAAACCUGCUGGGCUUUGAGGAAAUGAAUGGUGGGGAAAGAUUUUUGGGAAAUCCUUUGCUUUUCAAAGGCAACAGAAGUAAGGAUUUUGAGUUUAUUAUUGAUAAAACCAGUUCCCGCUUUGAGGGGUGGCGGGCGAGGCUUCUUUCACAGGCUGCUCGGUUAACAUUGAUCAAGAGUGUCUUGGCGGCUAUUCCGAUUUACACAAUGUCUGUUUUUAAGCUCCCAAAGAAGACAACUAAUCGGAUAGAUGGUAUUAUACGAAGGUUUUGGUGGACAGGACAGGCUAAGGAUGGGCGCUACCUCUGUUUAAAAGCGUGGGACUCUUUGUGCAAGCCUAAAUCUUGUGGUGGUUUGGGCUUUAGGAGGGCGGAAGACAUUAACUUCUGUUUGCUUGCAAAGUUUGGUUGGGCUUUGGCUUCGAAGCAAACUUGCUUAUGGAAAUCAAUUUUGCUUGAUAGAUACUACCAUGAGACAGCUUUUGGGGACUCGGUUUUGCCUUCAAAUGCUUCGCCGGUGGCCAAAAGCAUAUGGGCGACUAAGGAUUUCAUUGUGAAGAAUAGUGUCUGGCUUAUUGGAAGAGAAGCAAAAGUCAAAAUUGGCAACCACCAAUGGUCGGGUUUUGAUGGGGAUUUGAUUGACUCGGGAUGUUUAAAUCCUAUGAUGUUUGAUGAUUUGUGUGUGAGGAAUUUGAUGAUGGAGGAUGGUUUGAGUUGGAAUGGCCAAUUGGAUGAUGUUUGUAAGCGUAUUUGGAAGACGCGUAUUCACGAGAGAUUGAAAUUGUUCCUUUGGAGGCUAGCUCAAGAUGUUCUCCCUUUCGGAUCUAAACUGGCUUCCAUUUUUGGCCCCAACAUUGGGCGGUGCAUGCUUUGUGGCUUAGGGGAGAUGGAUGUUGUUUCUCACUUUGUCUCGGGGUGUGAUGUUACUAGAUCUCUUUGGUUCUCCUCCCUGUGGGGUUUAAGAAUUCAGAGAUUUAAUUUGGUGGGAAGUAGAGAGGUGGUUUCUUUGCUCUUAGAACCAAGGUUUCUAAACGAUUGUGGUGGUAAGAUUUUGAAUGAGUUUUUUCUUUAUGGUGCGAUUUUGUAUCAUAAAUUGUGGAAUGUUAGGAAUGAUAUUUUCCAUAACAAAGGGGUGCUGAGUUUGGCGGAGGUGCGGAAGGCAAUCGAUUUGAGUUUUGCGGAGCACAAACCUCUCUUGAAUGUUGGCUGCGACAUUGAAAGCAACCAAAGGGGUAUUUGUGCGGUUCGGUGGGGCUUACCUCGACCUGCUAGAAUGCGAUGCUAUGUGGAUUUUGCAUCUGCGAGAGACGAUGGCGCGGUUGCAGCUGUUUCCUAUGAUGUUGCAGGUGAUAUCUUUGUUGCGGUUGCUUCUAAGGUGCGAGUUCAUUCGGUGUUGCAGGGUGAGCUCGAAGCCGUGCGGUUUGGGCUCAAUAUGGCUGCGUUGCUGGAGGUGGAUGUGGGCACUUUCUUUUCGGAUAACUAG